GGAAAGCCCGUGAAUAAACUUUCAGACCAGAGAUCUAUUCUCUAGCUUAUUUUAAGCUCAACUUAAAAAGAAGAACUCUUCUCUGAUUCUUUUCGCCUUCAAUACACUUAAUUAUUUAACUCCACCCUCCUUCAAAAGAAACAGCAUUUCCUACUUUUAUACUGUCUAUAUGACUGAUUUGCACAGCUCAUCUGGCCAGAAGAGCUGAGACAUCCGUUCCCCUACAAGAAACUCUCCCCGGGUGGAACAAGAUGGAUUAUCAAGUGUCAAGUCCAACCUAUGACAUCGAUUAUUAUACAUCGGAGCCCUGCCAAAAAAUCAAUGUGAAGCAAAUCGCAGCCCGCCUCCUGCCUCCGCUCUACUCACUGGUGUUCAUCUUUGGUUUUGUGGGCAACAUGCUGGUCAUCCUCAUCCUGAUAAACUGCAAAAGGCUGAAGAGCAUGACUGACAUCUACCUGCUCAACCUGGCCAUCUCUGACCUGUUUUUCCUUCUUACUGUCCCCUUCUGGGCUCACUAUGCUGCUGCCCAGUGGGACUUUGGAAAUACAAUGUGUCAACUCUUGACAGGGCUCUAUUUCAUAGGCUUCUUCUCUGGAAUCUUCUUCAUCAUCCUCCUGACAAUCGAUAGAUACCUGGCUAUCGUCCAUGCUGUGUUUGCUUUAAAAGCCAGGACGGUCACCUUUGGGGUAGUGACAAGUGUGAUCACUUGGGUGGUGGCUGUGUUUGCAUCUCUCCCAGGAAUCAUCUUUACCAGAUCUCAAAAAGAAGGUCUUCAUUACACCUGCAGCUCUCAUUUUCCAUACAGUCAGUAUCAAUUCUGGAAGAAUUUCCAGACAUUAAAGAUAGUCAUCUUGGGGCUGGUCCUGCCGCUGCUUGUCAUGGUCAUCUGCUACUCGGGAAUCCUAAAAACUCUGCUUCGGUGUCGAAACGAGAAGAAGAGGCACAGGGCUGUGAGGCUUAUCUUCACCAUCAUGAUUGUUUAUUUUCUCUUCUGGGCUCCCUACAACAUUGUCCUUCUCCUGAACACCUUCCAGGAAUUCUUUGGCCUGAAUAAUUGCAGUAGCUCUAACAGGUUGGACCAAGCCAUGCAGGUGACAGAGACUCUUGGGAUGACGCACUGCUGCAUCAACCCCAUCAUCUAUGCCUUUGUUGGGGAGAAGUUCAGAAACUACCUCUUAGUCUUCUUCCAAAAGCAUAUUGCCAAACACUUCUGCAAAUGCUGUUCUACUUUCCAGCAAGAGGCUCCCGAGCGAGUAAGCUCAGUUUACACUCGAUCCACUGGGGAGCAGGAAAUAUCUGUGGGCUUGUGACCCAGACUCAAGUGUGCUGGUGACCCAUUCAGAGUUGUGCACAUGGCUUGGUUUUGAUACACAGCCUGGGCUGGGGGUGGGGUGGGAGAGGUCUUUUUAAAAAGAAGUUACUGUUAUACAGGGUCUAUGAUUCAUCCAUUUAUUUGGCAUCUGUUUAAAGUAGAUUAGAUCUUUUAAGCCCAUCAAUUAUAGAAAGCCAAAUCAAAAUAUGUUGAUGAAAAACAGCAACCUUUUUCUCUCCCCUUCACAUGCAUCAAGUUAUUGACAAACUCUCCCUUCACUCCGAAAGUUCCUUAUGUAUAUUAAAAAGAAAGCCUGAGGGAAUUGCUGAUUCUUGAGUUUAGUGACCUGAAGAGAAAUACCAAAAUUAUUUCGGAAAUGUACACUUUUUACCUUGUACAAGGCAACAUAUAGGUUGUAAAUGUGUUUAAAACAGGUCUUUGUCUUGCUAUGGGGAGAAAAGAUAUGAAUAUGAUUAGUUAAGAAAUGACACCUUUCAUGUGUGAUUUCCCUCCAAGGUAUGGUUAAUAAGUUUCACUGACUUUUAGA